AUGUUUGCUGAUAUUCGCGAGUUUGUCGCCCUCGACCAGUAUCGUGGAACUUUUGAGUUCCCCAAGAUCAACGAUUGCAGCACGCCUGGAGAGUGCCACAGCUCUUGGAAGGAGGGACAGUACAUCGACAACAUGGCUUCGGUCACCACCAACUGGGACAACAUCGGAACCGGAGCAGGGGAGGGCACUGACAACAUCUACCUCCACUUUGACUCGAUGGCUUCAGACUCUUGGAAGGCCGGGUCCGCUCCCAACCCCUCCGUUUUCUGGUAA